UGGUGGGACAGGUGAGCAGUGUGGUGGGACAGGUGAGCGGUGUGAUGGGACAGGUGAGCAGUGCGGUGGGACAGGUGAGCGGUGUGAUGGGACAGGUGAGCAGUGCGGUGGGACAGGUGAGCGGUGUGAUGGGACAGGUGAGCAGUGCGGUGGGACAGGUGAGCGGUGUGAUGGGACAGGUGAGCAGUGCGGUGGGACAGGUGAGCGGUGUGAUGGGACAGGUGAGCAGUGCGGUGGGACAGGUGAGCGGUGUGAUGGGACAGGUGAGCAGUGCGGUGGGACAGGUGAGCGGUGUGAUGGGACAGGUGAGCAGUGCGGUGGGACAGGUGAGCGGUGUGAUGGGACAGGUGAGCAGUGCGGUGGGACAGGUGAGCGGUGUGAUGGGACAGGUGAGCAGUGCGGUGGGACAGGUGAGCGGUGUGAUGGGACAGGUGAGCAGUGCGGUGGGACAGGUGAGCGGUGUGAUGGGACAGGUGAGCAGUGCGGUGGGACAGGUGAGCGGUGUGAUGGGACAGGUGAGCAGUGCGGUGGGACAGGUGAGCGGUGUGAUGGGACAGGUGAGCAGUGCGGUGGGACAGGUGAGCGGUGUGAUGGGACAGGUGAGCAGUGCGGUGGGACAGGUGAGCGGUGUGAUGGGACAGGUGAGCAGUGCGGUGGGACAGGUGAGCGGUGUGAUGGGACAGGUGAGCAGUGCGGUGGGACAGGUGAGCGGUGUGAUGGGACAGGUGAGCAGUGCGGUGGGACAGGUGAGCGGUGUGAUGGGACAGGUGAGCAGUGCGGUGGGACAGGUGAGCGGUGUGAUGGGACAGGUGAGCAGUGCGGUGGGACAGGUGAGCGGUGUGAUGGGACAGGUGAGCAGUGCGGUGGGACAGGUGAGCGGUGUGAUGGGACAGGUGAGCAGUGCGGUGGGACAGGUGAGCGGUGUGAUGGGACAGGUGAGCAGUGCGGUGGGACAGGUGAGCGGUGUGAUGGGACAGGUGAGCAGUGCGGUGGGACAGGUGAGCGGUGUGAUGGGACAGGUGAGCAGUGCGGUGGGACAGGUGAGCGGUGUGGUGGGAUAGGUGAGCAGUGCGAUGGGACAGGUGAGCGGUGCGGUGGGAUAGGUGAGCAGUGUGGUGGGACAGGUGAGCAGUGUGGUCCUUUGAGCUGUGGUGGUGGGACAGGUGAGCGGUGUGGUGGGACAGGUGAGCAGUGCGGUCCUUUGAGCUGUGGUGGUGGCAGUGGACCGGGAAAUCAGUGGAUGCACUGGGAGGCGGUUGCGGAGGUAAACUUA